AAGAAAAAGAAAACACACACAGAAUGUUCCUCUUCCUCUCGCUUCUUGUUAUUUCAUGGGCCCCACAAUCUCACUCCGAGUUCACCGUGGUCCUCCCGGACUCGAACUCCCCCUUACUGGACUCCCCGCAAACCGGGUUCUCGACCCGCGCCCGAACAGACCCGGAAGAACAAAAGGCGGUCUACCAAAUCAUGGCGUCCACCGGCAACUCGUGGGCCGGGUCCAUACCCGACGUGUGCCGGGGCCGCUGGCACGGAAUCGAGUGCACGCCCGACACCGAUGACGUGUACCACGUGGUCUCCCUCUCGUUCGGCGCUCUCUCCGACGACACGGCGUUCCCCACGUGCGACCGGACCACCGCGACCCUCCACCGUCUAAAACUCACCCAUCUGCGGACCCUCUUCUUCUACCGCUGCUUCGGUGGCAAUCCUCAGCCAAUCCCAGCGUUCCUUGGUCAGCUGGGUCCCACUUUACGGUCGCUCGUGUUGCGGGAGAAUGGACACGUGGGGGCCAUCCCUGCUGAGCUGGGGAAUCUGACGUCGCUCAAGCUGCUUGAUCUUCAUGGGAACCGUCUCGGGUCGGGCAUUCCGCCCGCUUUGGGGAAGCUGACCCGGAUCAGGAAACUGGAUUUGAGCGAUAACUUUUUAACGGGUCGGAUUCCGAAGUUGAAUAUGCCCGAUUUGAAUGUUCUGGAUCUCAGCCGUAAUUCUCUUCAAGGCCGGGUUCCUACUUUCCUCACCAAUUCCGAUCCGUUAAUCAAGCUUGAUCUGAGCAGAAACAGGUUAACGGGUCCAAUACCCGACUCGGUAAACGACCUUAGGAACUUGAUUCUACUCGAUUUGAGCCAUAAUUCUCUCUCUGGGCCGCUUCCAAACUCUCUUGAGGGGCUAAUUUCUCUUCGAGCUUUGAUUCUGAAGGGCAAUUUCAUGGGCCCCGCGACGAUCCCUGUUAACGGGUUAUCGGGCCUGAAGGAGCUAAGCAGUCUAGUACUAUCCAACAUGGGACUAAAGGGACCCAUACCCGAAUCCAUUGGAGAGCUAACAAAGCUCCGCGUUCUUCAUCUGGAUGGCAAUGAGCUAAACGGGUCGAUACCUCUAAGCUUUAGAAACUUGGAGAAACUCAGUGAGUUGAGAUUAGAGAACAACAAGCUAACCGGGCUGAUUCCAUUUGGUAAAGAAAUGGUUUGGAGAAUGGGGAGGAAGCUGAGGAUUGAGAAUAAUACCGGGCUCUGUUAUGAUAUGAGGCAAGGAUCAAUGGACGGGUUCGAUUCAUUAUCGGGUGUUAGUUACUGUGAUCCGCAAGCGAACUCCGUCGGGGAUUGUGGGGGUCUGAAUGGUUCGACGAUACAGCACUUGGUGGUGUCGGACCCGCCGGGUUCGGGUUCGAAGCUGAGCUUGUCGGGUUCGGAUGGUCGGGGUAAUUUGGUUGGGAGAGCGGUCGGUUUGGUUACCGGAUUUCUAGUGCUUGUUCUUCUGAUUUUGUAAUUAUGUCGGUGAUUGAGGAAUAGGAUGAGUUGGAUUCUGUAAUUAAGAUGUGAUGAUAAUAGGACUCAUAUAUGCACCAUAUUAAUCUAGU